AUGCUACGUCGAUCGAUAGUACAACAUACGUUUGUUGUCUUUCAACGAAUUGCUCGUAGAUCGAUAUCGAUUAAUCAUGAGUUAGAAGAAGCGUUAAAAAAAGCAAGAGAUGUCGAUGUUGUUGUUGUUGGAGCAGGGCAUGCGGGGUGUGAAGCAGGUACUGGUUCGGCAAGAACUGGUGCCAAAACUUUGCUUAUAACUCCAUUCCUAGAUAAAAUAGGAACAUGUUCGUGUAAUCCUUCCAUGGGUGGUGUUGGAAAAGGAACACUACUCCGAGAAGUGGAUGCCCUGGAUGGUGUUGCUGCUAAGGUUACGGAUAAGGCAGGGAUUCAAUUCAAGAUGUUAAACCAGAGUAGAGGAGCUGCAGUAUGGGGUCCCAGGGCACAAAUUGACAGAGAUAUUUAUUUGAAGGAGAUGCAAAAUGCAUUGAAAAACUAUCCAAACUUAGAUCUCCUCUCAGGGAAAGUUAAAGAUGUGAUUAUCGAUCAUUCUUCUUAUAGUGAUACGAGGAAGAAUGACUUGGAAGAUAGAAAUUUUGGAACAGUGCGUGGUGUUAUUCUUGAAAAUAACGACGUCAUCAAAUGCUCGAAAAUUGUUAUAUGUACUGGUACCUUUUUGAGCGCAGAAAUACAUAUUGGUUUAAAGACAUUUCCAGCGGGCAGAAUCGGUGAAGCACCAACUUAUGGUAUCAGUAACACUUUAAAGCAGGCUGGUUUUAAAUUAGGCAGGUUAAAAACAGGGACCCCGGCUAGAUUAGAUGGGAAAACUAUAAACUUCGACAUCUUGGAAAAGCAAUAUGGUGAUUCCAAGCCUUAUCCAAUGUCCUAUAUGAAUGAAGAGGUCAGUAUCAAAGAUCAAAUUUUAUGUUAUGGAACCAGAACCACUCCAGAGCUACAUGAUUAUUUAAGAUCGAAUUUGCAUCAAUCUAUCCAUAUUAGAGAAAGUGUAAAGGGGCCAAGAUAUUGUCCUUCUAUCGAGGCCAAAAUAAUAAGAUUUACAGAUAAAGAUUCCCACAGAAUAUGGUUAGAACCUGAAGGUCUAAAUACCGAUGUGAUCUAUCCAAAUGGUAUAUCAAAUUCAAUGCCUGAAGAUGUGCAGCUGACUAUGAUGAGAAUGGUACCUGGGUUGGAAAAUGUGAAAAUAUUACAACCCGCAUAUGGGGUGGAAUAUGACUAUGUUGAUCCAAGAGAGUUGAAACAAACACUAGAAACAAAGCUGAUCGAUGGCUUAUAUUUCGCAGGACAGAUCAAUGGUACUACAGGGUAUGAGGAGGCAUGCGCGCAAGGCUUGGUGGCAGGUGUCAAUGCUGGUCUUUCAUCUGUAGGACGUGAUCCGUUACUUUUGUCAAGAGCUGAUUCGUAUACCGGUGUCCUAAUUGAUGAUUUAAUAACAAAAGGAGUCGAAGAGCCAUAUCGUAUGUUCACUUCUAGGUCCGAAUUUAGAGUUUCAGUAAGAGCUGAUAAUGCCGAUUUUAGGCUGACUGAAAAAGGUAAUAAAUUAGGUAUUAUCAGCAGUGACCGUUGGCAAAAAUACCAAUCGCAUAAGCGUAUAUACGAUACGAUUGAGUCUAAAUUAAAAUCUUUCGUUCUAUCUAACUAUCAGUGGGACAAACUAUUAGACACUACUGUAGGCUCCACACAUAAAAGUCAGAGUGCAUGGGAUAUGUUUAAAUUCUACGGUACUACGCUGGAAUCGUUGGUUGCAGCGACCCCCAGGCUAGAUAUCAAUUUAUCAGAAAUACCAAUACAUAUAUUGUUGAAAAUUAACGUUGAAGCCAAAUAUACUCCAUAUCUCAAAAGACAACGCCAAUUCAUCAAGGCUUUCCAAGCGGAUGAGAACCUACUACUUCCUUUGAACUUUGAUUACACAAAUGUACCAUCGAUAAGUUCAGAAUGUAAAACUAUUCUGAACACUGUACAACCUGCAACAAUUGGACAAGCGAGAAGGAUUCAAGGAAUGACGCCAGCAUCAAUAUUCGAACUAUAUAAACUGGUGCGCUCACGACAAACCGAUAUUAGAGAAAAUCGUGAUUUUGUAAUUUGA